AUGCCAAGUGUAUGGAACUUAAGAAACAUUCGACAACAAAUGAAUGAAAACAUUAAUGUUAUAAACACUGAAUUUGAAUCAUAUAUUCGAAUUGAAGAUGCAAUAAAAACAUUGAUACAUACAAAUCAAACAUCAAUAUCAAGAAUAAGACGUAGUAUGACAAUACGCUUGUCAAUAGCCGCAACCCAGGUCGGUGAAAAACUGAAAUUACUCGUUUUACUUGUGAGUUGUCCUCAGUUUAGUUCACGUACACAACAAAUUGCUUCUAAAUCAUUACCAAUUGGCUUAUGCAAGAUGGAAGAUGAAAACUAUGAUAAUGUAAAACAAGUUAUACCAGAUGAAUUAAUCAACGGAAUGCAACAAAAUCGUCGUACAUCAAUGGUGAACAAUUUUCAAUAA